UAAGCUGUUUCCAGUGCUGCACAGAUCUAGUGUGAGGUUCCCUGGCUCACUUUAUUUCUUCAUUUAUUUACGUUGUUGUUCCAGCAUGUCAAUUGUAACAGUACAACUUGGUCAGUGUGGAAAUCAGAUUGGUUUUGAAGUGUUUGAUGCUUUAUUUAGAGAUUCAUACUGUCUUGAGGGACUCUGCUCUAAAAGAGAGAAUGAGGCAUAUCAAGCAUCUUGCAAGGAAAGAUUUUUUAGUGAAGAGAAAAAUGGAGUUCCAGUUGCUCGAGCCGUACUUAUUGACAUGGAACCAAAAGUUAUCAAUCAAAUGAUGUCAAAGGCUGCCCAUUCUGGCCGAUGGAAAUAUAGUCAGCAAGCAUGCCUCUGUCAAAAGCAAGGUUCUGGAAACAACUGGGCAUAUGGAUACUCUGUUCAUGGACCCAGGCAUGAAGAAUCUAUAAUGAACCUAAUCCAGAAAGAAGUGGAGAAAUGUGACUCUUUGAGUGGCUUUUUUAUUAUAAUGAGUAUGGCUGGGGGCACAGGAUCAGGGCUGGGAGCUUUCAUUACACAGAAUUUACAAGAUCAAUACUCAAACUCUCUGAAAGUGAAUCAGAUUAUAUGGCCUUAUGGAACUGGUGAGGUUAUUGUUCAGAACUACAACUCCAUUUUGACUCUUUCUCACUUGUACCGAUCUUCAGAAGCACUUCUAGUCCAUGAGAAUGAUGCUCUUCAUAAGAUCUGUGCAAAACUGAUGAAAAUCAAGCAGAUCUCAUUCAGCGAUAUAAAUCAAGUCCUCGCACAUCAGCUGGGAAGUGUGUUCCAACCUACUUAUUCUGCAGAGGGCACGUGUAACUACCGGAGAAAUCCAUUAGGAGAUUUAAUGGAGAGUUUAGUUCCCCAUCCUGAAUUUAAGAUGCUGGGUAUUCGUAACAUUCCACAAAUGUCUGAGAACUUGCUGGCAUAUAGCACGUUUACUUGGGCUGGCCUCCUGAAGCAUUUGAGACAGAUGCUCAUUUCUAAUGCGAAAAUGGAAGAAGGUAUUGAUUGGCAGGUCCAGCCUCCCUUCUCAGGACGCCCCCCACUGGGCAAGAAGGCCCUGGGCUCCGAGCGGCACUGCAACACCUCCCUGGCUAACCUGCUCAUCCUGCGUGGGAAAGAGGUGCACAGUGCAGAGCUGGAGGGCUUUAAAGAUCCAGCUCUGUAUACCUCCUGGUUAAAGCCUGACAAUGCUUUCAAUGUAUGGAAAACCCAGCGAGCCUUUAGCAAGUAUGAGAAGUCUGCAGCCUUGGUCAGCAACAGUCAGUUCUUAGUGAAGCCACUUGAUAUGAUUGUGGGCAAAGCAUGGAAUAUGUUUGCUUCAAAGGCCUACGUUCAUCAAUACACAAAAUUUGGAAUUGAAGAAGAAGACUUUCUGGACAGUUUCACAUUGUUAGAACAAGUUGUUUCCAGUUACUGCAAUCUUUGAACUUAAAGAGUGAAAAGUCCCCCAAGUUCUUUUCUGUUUGUUUUUGUUUGGGGACUACUCCAAGCUCAGUGCUUGGA